CAGCCAAGAAAUUUCCAGGCAAUCUAGCUCGGGAAACCCAGCCGCCCAUACGAUUUACACUUCACACUUCGCUGUUUCAUCAUAAUCCCACGCCUCACGAGUAUAACAUAGGAGUUCUUAGGUCACUCGAUACCACAGUGUAUGUUGAAUGCAUAAGAGGCCACCAUGGGAAAAGAAAAAGGCGGAUUUUUAACCCCAAAGGCGAUUGCCAAUAGGAUCAAGGCAAAGGGUCUUCAAAAGUUGAGAUGGUACUGUCAGAUGUGUCAAAAACAGUGUCGUGAUGAGAAUGGAUUCAAAUGUCACCUGACCUCGGAAUCUCACCAGAGACAAAUCUUACUGUUUGCAGAGAAUCCGGAUCAAUAUGUUGAUGACUUUUCCAGCGACUUCAAGGAUGGUUAUGUGGAGCUCUUGAGGCGCAGGUUCGGUACGAAACGAGUGAGUGCAAACCAGGUCUACCAGGAGUAUAUCAACGACAGAGACCACGUGCAUAUGAACUCGACCCAGUGGGAAACACUGACUACAUUUGUUAAAUGGUUAGGACGGGAAGGUCACUGUGUUGUGGAUGAAACUGAAAAAGGCUGGUUUGUAACAUACAUCGACCGAGACCCGGAAACUAUCAAACGGCAGGAGGCGCUCGCGGCCAAAGAAAGAAUGGAGAUGGACGACGAAGAAAGGAUGCAGCGACAGAUUGAAAAACAGAUUGAGAGAGAUGCGAAGGUGGCGAAAUGUGUACCCAAGACUGAGUUCACUGAGUUGAAGAGAGAUAAUGAGGAAGAAAAAGUUGUGUUUAGUCUUGGAGGAAGUGGGAAGACAGCGGAGGAAUCAUCGACGUCUAAAACUUUGCUGGGAGCCAAUGCAUUAGGUUCAACAGAGGCAUCCACAAGUGAUGCAGCAUCAACUAGCUUUGCUGGACAGAAGAGGAAGUCUGCCUUAGAUGAUAUCAUGAAGGAGGAAGCGCUGAAGAAAGAAAAAAUGAACAGAAAGGAUAAUUGGGUGACUAAAGGCAUCGUUGUAAAAGUGCUGGCCAAGAAACUUGGAGAGAAAUAUUACAAGAAAAAGGCUUACAUCAAGGAUGUUGAGGAUGAGUACACUGCCGUCAUAAAAAUGAUGGACUCUGGAGCUAAACUGAAGGUUGAUCAGGCUCAUCUAGAAACGGUCUUGCCAGCUUGUGGGAAACAAGUCUUGGUUGUGAAUGGUGCGUACCGAGGUGAGGAAGCCACAUUGCUUGAGUUAAAUGAGAAGAAGUUCUCUUGUUCGAUAAGGAUCAGUCAGGGUCCCCUGAAAGGUAGGACUGUGGAUGAUGUCCAGUAUGAAGAUAUCAGCAAAUUGUACUCAUGACGAAAGGAUAUUAUUUGACUUUUUAUUGAACACAGUGGAAUUUUAAAAAUGUGUUGAAUAUUUUUCUGUUUUGACUGUGAACGUGGAUACUUCGACAAUGUGAUUCAAUUCGGAUUCGAUACCUCAAAGGAUGGCGAAAUCAGGGUGAAUGUUUUAUUAACUAUAUUGCAAGCAAAUUCUGGAGUUCAAUCUGUUUAAAAAAUAUGGGUCAAGGUUCAUUCUUUAUGUAUUUAAUACGAAAACUUUAUACCUUGAUAUUUUGGUUGCAUGCAGUCUGGAAUAUCACAGUUACUCAUUUCAUCAACUCUGGCAAAUUUAUUGUACACUCUUGCACAGUUUUUGCAGCAAGAAAUGCCACGGUGAUGUGAAAUGGUUCAUCCACCAUCAGUUUCUUGAAUGCACCCCUUUGAUUUAAAAGUAAAAAUGGUCUGUGCUGCGGCUUUGAGACAAGGAACAGCAAGUUACUGCGACCCGGAAAAUAUUUGUGGCAGGUUUUAUAUGCGGUUGCGUUAGUCUACCUUUUACCACAAAACUUUACAAUUGAGGCAAUAUUUAUUUGUUGAAUUACGAUAGCCAGAAUACAUAAUGUAUGGACAAAGUGACAUUUUACCCUAAAGUAACCACAAACUUCUGCUGUCAAUAGAAAUAGCAGGACAUUUAUUCAAGUUCACCAACUUAUCCAUCUCCUCAUGGUUCUGUCCUGCACCUCAACUCUUCUUGUUGUUGGUUUAUAGUAUACAGUUGUUCAAAAUGGAUCAUGAGUAAAAGUUAUAUGCAUAUAAGUUUGCAUCAUAUUGCAUACUCGCAAAAUAAAUGCUGGAUUAUGUGAAUGUCGCCUAUCGGUGUAGGAUGAACUAUUCAAAACUGGUUAUAAUGUCAAAUAACCGAACAGGCAGCUCCCCCUGUAGUUCUUUCAUGCAAUGUUGUUUGUAUUGUAAAUAAAUAUUGUUUUGUAAUGGUGAAUUUUAA